AUGGUGAGAGGAACGCUUUAGAUUCAGGCUGAACUUUUUAUAUGUAGUAAAAAAUAGAUACAACUCAUAGUCUGAUAUGAUUGAUCACUACUCUAUUUUGUCUGGCUGCAGGAUACGGCUGACUUUGAGUGGGUGAUGUGGUUCUCUACAUUCCGGGACCACAUCCUCUUCGCCCUGUCUGGUCACGUGAUCUUCGCUAAGAUCUGCUCCAUGCUGGCUCCACAGGUGGGUUUACAUCUGCAACACUCUGUCCAAAAUGGUCGAAUGGUCAAAUAUAUAUCCAUAUGUUUAAAUAUAUACAGUACAUAAAGAUCUAUCCAUAGACUUUGCUCUGUGUAUGCUUGUGACCUUCGAGAAAAGAGAAAACAGCUUCUAAUUGGUGCAACACAUCACAUUGACAAUAUGAUCAAUGACAUUUAUGUCCAUCUUCUGAAUGAAUCAACUACACCCAAUAUCAUUAUGUACCCAGAGGACUGAAUCAAGGACAGCCUGUCUGUCUGUCCACAGCAUAGGUCCCGGAUGUACAUGUUCAUUCAUUCAUUCAUUAAUUAAUUCAUUCAUUCAUUCAUUCAUUCAUUCAUUCAUUCAUUCAGUCUGUCUGUUUGUCUGUCUGUCUGUCUCUCUGUCUGUCCACAGCAUAGGUCCCUGGUGUACAUGUUGACUCUUUCUCUCUGUCUGUCCACAGCAUAGGUCCCUGGUGUACAUGGGUUAUGGUAUCCUGGCGGUGCUGGUCUCUAUGGGUUGGACCUUCACCACUCUGAUCCUGUCCCACUGUGUACUGCUCUACAGUAUCUCUCUGGUUAAACUGCGCUGGCUCUGCUUCCUAGCUGGACUCACCAUCCUGUCCACAUUCAAGAUGGAACCAUUCAUAUCCUGGCAGGUAUGA